UCCUCUUCUCGCGAGAAGGUCCGUUCUUCCGGUAACUGUAGUCCCGCAAGCCGGUUGCCUUCUCCUUCGCUCUUGGCUUCGCGCAUGUGCAGUAGAGAGUGGCGCGAGCCCGCGGCUUCCGGCCGAAGAACAUGAUGCAAGGGGAGACAAAUCCUAGUGCUUCCCUCAUUGACACAACCAUCAAGAUGAGAAAAGAAACAGAAGCUAAGAAAGUGGUUUUAGCCUGGGGACUCCUAAAUGUAUCUAUGGCUGGAAUGAUAUAUACUGAAAUGACUGGAAAAUUGAUUAGUUCAUAUUAUAAUGUGACAUACUGGCCCCUCUGGUAUAUUGAGCUUGCCCUUGCAUCCCUCUUCAGCCUAAAUGCCUUAUUUGAUUUUUGGAGAUAUUUCAAAUACACUGUGGCACCAACAAGUCUGGUUGUUAGCCCUGGACAGCAAACACUUUUAGGGUUGAAAACAGCUGUUGUACAGACUACUCCUCCACAUGAUCUGGCAGCAACCCAGAUCCCUCCCUCUCCACCUUCUCCUUCAAUUCAGGGUCAGAGUGUGUUGAGUUAUAGCCCAUCUCGUUCACCCAGUACCAGCCCCAAGUUCACCACCAGCUGUAUAACUGGAUAUAGCCCUCAGCUGCAAGGUCUGUCAUCAGGGGGCAGCGGUUCCUAUAGCCCUGGAGUGACUUACUCUCCCAUCAGUGGUUAUAAUAAGUUGGCAAGCUAUAGUCCCUCUCCUUCUUCUCCAUACCCUACUACUGUUGGACCAGUGGAGAGCAGUGGAUUGAGAUCUCGCUACCGGUCUUCACCCACCGUCUAUAAUUCCCCUACUGACAAAGAAGACUAUAUGACAGACCUACGAACUUUGGAUACUUUUCUUAGAAGUGAAGAAGAGAAACAGCACAGAGUUAAGCUGGGGAGUCCAGACUCGACCUCGCCUUCCACCAGUCCUACUUUCUGGAACUACAAUCGUUCUAUGGGAGAUUAUGCACAAACUUUAAAGAAGUUUCAGUAUCAACUCGCCUGUAGGUCUCAGGCCCCCUGUGCUAACAAAGAUGAAGCUGAUCUCAGUUCUAAACAAGCUGCAGAGGAGGUUUGGGCAAGAGUGACUAUGAAUAGACAACUUCUUGAUCAUAUGGAUUCAUGGACAGCUAAGUUCAGAAAUAGAAGAACCCUCUCAUCUUUGACCUGGAGGUUGGGAAGACCGACUCAUCCAGAGCGAUGGAUCAAUGAGACAAUAUUAGUGCCAUUGGUACAAGAGAUCGAGUCUGUCAGCACACAGAUGAGACGAAUGGGCUGUCCUGAGCUCCAGAUAGGAGAGGCUAGUAUUACUAGCUUGAAACAAGCUGCUCUGGUCAAAGCUCCUCUCAUUCCAACUCUGAAUACAAUUGUGCAGUAUCUAGACCUUACACCAAAUCAGGAAUACUUGUUUGAAAGGAUCAAAGAACUUUCUCAGGGAGGCUGUAUGAGUUCAUUUCGAUGGAAUAGAGGUGGAGACUUCAAAGGACGCAAGUGGGAUACAGACCUGCCCACUGAUUCUGCUAUCAUCAUGCAUGUAUUUUGCACCUACCUCGAUUCCAGAUUACCUCCACAUCCUAAGUACCCUGACGGAAAAACAUUUACUUCUCAGCACUUUGUUCAGACACCAAAUAAACCAGAUGUGACAAAUGAGAAUGUUUUUUGCAUUUAUCAGAGUGCUAUCAACCCUCCCCAUUAUGAGCUAAUCUACCAGCGUCAUGUCUACAAUCUUCCAAAGGGCCGAAAUAAUAUGUUUCAUACAUUGUUAAUGUUCCUCUACAUCAUAAAGACUAAAGAGUCAGGAAUGCUUGGGAGAGUUAAUCUUGGUCUGUCCGGUGUGAAUAUUUUGUGGAUUUUUGGCGAGUAGUGGGUCAUUUAAUUCCAAACAUUUGGACUUUCUUUGAUUGAACCGGAAGUUGAAUCUAAGCAUCUCUGAGUCACUGCCUCUUUUGAAAUAAGAUACAUAUGUGUGUUACAGACUCUUUAGAUUUAAUGAAAAAUUAGCUAUUAUGAAACUUACUUGUAAAAGUAUAUCCUGGGCGCCUGAGUGGCUCAGUUGGUUAAGCGACUGCCUUUGGCUCAGGUCAUGAUCCUGGAGUCCCGGGAUCAAGUCCUGCGUCGGGCUCCCUGCUCGGCAGGGAGUCUGCUUCUCCCUCUGACCC